UCACCACCACCACGAAGAUCACCAACGUCAUGCCCUCCGCGACCUCCCUCACGACCAGAGUCGUGCUAUGCUGCGGGAAUCGCCGAUCAAUUUCGGGAAGGACCACUGCUCUCCGUCCUGAUUCAGAGGAGGUUCCUGCUCAUCGCUGCGCAUUGCGUUCUUGAUCCUGACAGGCCCGUUAGACGGCUUCGCCUGGGAAACCUGAGGCCUGUCGAUUAUGAGGUGUCUAGGGUCAUCAUUCAUCCAAACUACAAACUUAAUACCCAUGAGCGGUAUAACGACGUAGCCCUUCUUCAGACUAAAGAAGCCAUCCAGUUCAAUGAGGAGGUUUAUCCAUCUUGCCUGACAGACCAGAGGCCUCCUGCUGGCUCUGCAGUUACAGAUAACGGCUCAGAUCUCGCGCCUGCGCAAAGGGACGAAGGCAACCUGGAAAUAGUGCACCCGCUCCAGUGCGAGAUCCUCUACAAGAGCGAAGGGAUGGCGAACUCGCUCAGAGUUCAAUAUCCUCGGUUCAUUCGGGACACAGACAUCCUUUGCGCCAAUUUUCGAGGAAAUAAUCGAUGUGAAAAGAGCACGAGAGGUCCUCUCUUCCUAGACGAGUCGGGGCGUCGGUUCCUCAUCGGCUUCGUCAGCAAAGACGCCUCGUGCAGGCGAACAGCCGCCGCCUCCAUCAGCCUUCCUGGAUUUUUACACAAGCGGUGGGCGGACCAUAUUAACUCAUCAACAGCAUCAUUUAUCCUUAAAUGUCCAUUUUCCCACACCGUCUUUCCUUUGUGGACAAAGUGGUAUGUUACGGUACUGAAGGGUUAA